AUGGCAAAUUUGCUAAUAGGUCUAACAUAACAACUUAAAGUGUUAGAAAAAUAAUAUCCAACAGGAUUACCUGCAUUUUAUUAAUUGAUGUCUAGUUUAACAUUUGCAAUUCAUACAUUUAGUAUUAAAUUUUUUGAAGGAAUUCCUGCUAGUUAAAUUAUAGUUUGGAGAUCUGUAUUGACUUUAAUAAUAUUACAAAUACUAAUAUAAAUGUUCCCUUGUUAAUCAUAUCCAAAAAAUAAGGGUACAUUAAUAAAAUUAAUUGGAAGAGGAGUAUUUGGAGGUAUUGGAUUUAUUUCAUUUUUUCUUGCAUUAAAAUUAACUACUGUUUCUGAAGCAGUAGUAUUAAUGAAAACUAAUCCAUUAUGGACAACCUUAUUAGUAGUAUAUAUUUAUAAAACAGAAAAGAUGACAUGGAAAUCAAUGAUUGAAAUACUCUUUUGUAUAUUUGGUGUAAUUUUAAUAUCAAAACCACCUAUAAUAAUGUCAUUAUUAGGUUAUGAAAUUCAUUAAUUAGAAUUUACUUAUUUGUAUUUCAUUGGUUUAUGUCUCUCUUUAUUAACAGCAUUUACUACAUCUAUUACAUAAGUACUUAUUAGUUCACUUUCAAAAGAGGCACAUUAAUUAGUUAUAUUAUAAUAUUUUUCAUUAUUUGGAAUAACUAUGGCUUGUAUAUAUUAAUUGUAUUCUCCAUUUGAGUAAUUUCAUAUUUUGAAUUUAUAAGAGAUGGGUUUAAUGAUUAUAAGUGGAUUUUUGGGUUGUGUAGCAUAGUUAUUUAUGAAUAGAUCAAUGAUGAUUGGAGAUGUUACAUAAAUGUCAUUAGUAGGACAAUCUCAAAUUGUAUUUAACAUUUUAUUAGAUGUUCUUAUUAUGAAAUAAAAUAUAGGAAUAAUGAGUUCAAUUGGUAUAUUUAUGAUAGCAGCCAGUUUAGUCUCAAAUAUAAAAAAGAAAAAUAAAAAAUGA